GAGGCGGGGCUAGACAGCACUGGGACUUGGGCAGUGCUGGGAUCCAGGGCCGCUUCUGGGGCUUGAGGCAGGGUAGGAGUGGGGCACCGGUGAUGGUGCCGGCGCUGCGUUACCUGGGCAGCGUCUACGGACGUGCCCGCGGGGCUUUCUCCGGAGGCUUCCUCGCUGCUGGCGCGCCCGCGCCAGGGAACCUCUGGCUGUUGUGCCAAGGUGGCCGCAGAGCCAGCACCAGCUCAUUUGAUGUAGUCAUUAUCGGUGGCGGAAUUGUGGGGCUUGCCUCUGCCAGAGCCCUCAUCCUGCGACAUCCAGCACUUUCCAUUGGUGUUCUGGAAAAGGAGAAGGAUUUAGCUAUUCAUCAGACUGGACAUAACAGUGGUGUCAUACAUAGUGGAAUUUAUUAUAAACCUGAAUCUCUGAAAGCUAAAUUAUGUGUGCAAGGUGCAGCCCUCAUCUAUGAGUACUGUAACCAAAAGGGGAUUUCCUACAAGCAAUGUGGCAAGCUUAUAGUAGCUGUUGAACAAGAAGAAAUUCCCAGACUUCAGGCGUUAUAUGAGAGAGGCCUGCAGAAUGGUGUUCAGGGCCUGAGGCUGAUCCAGCAGGAGGAUAUAAAAAAGAAGGAACCAUAUUGUAGGGGUCUAAUGGCUAUUGAUUGUCCAUAUACUGGCAUUGUGGACUAUCGGCAGGUGGCUUUGUCAUUUGCCCAGGAUUUCCAAGAAGCAGGUGGCUCUGUUUUGACCAGUUUUGAAGUAGAAGAUAUUGAAAUGGCUAAAGAAAGCCCUUCAAGACAUAAAGAUGGGAUGAAAUACCCGAUUGUUAUAAGGAAUACUAAGGGAGAGGAGGUUCGUUGUCAGUAUGUUGUGACAUGUGCAGGACUUUACUCGGACCGUAUUUCAGAGCUGAGUGGCUGCAAUCCCAAUCCUCGAAUUGUACCAUUCCGGGGAGAUUACCUGCUCUUGAAACCAGAAAAACGUUAUCUUGUAAAAGGAAAUAUUUAUCCGGUCCCCGAUAGCCGAUUUCCUUUCCUAGGAGUUCACUUCACACCAAGGAUGGAUGGCAGUAUUUGGCUAGGGCCGAAUGCAGUUCUUGCCUUUAAACGCGAGGGCUACAGACCCUUUGACUUCAGUGCCAGAGAUAUUAUGGAUAUAAUUCUCAAGAGUGGCUUGAUGAAACUGGUGUUCCAGAAUUUUUCCUAUGGAGUUAAUGAAAUGUACAAAGCUUGCUUUCUCAGUGCAACAGUGAAGCACCUUCAAAAGUUUAUCCCUGAAAUUACUAUCAGUGACAUACUUAGUCAGAUGAUUGCCACUCUUGCUUUUGCAGAGGUCCAGCUGGAGUACGAGCCCAAGCCCUGGAUAGAGAUGGAAAUCUCAUAGAAGAUUUUGUAUUUGAUGGAGGAGUUGGGGAUAUUGGAAAUCGCAUUCUUCAUGUGAGAAAUGCACCUUCUCCUGCUGCCACUUCUUCCCUUGCAAUUUCUGGAAUGAUUGCAGAUGAAGUGCAACAAAGAUUUAAACUGUAAAUAAUGAAAGGAACUAGGUAUGCAUCUUAUUCUCCACAUUCAGUAAUAAGAAUGUACCAAUUGCAUUCUUUAAGAAAGAUUAUUUAAAAAUAUCAUUUUUAGGUAUAUCAUUUAGAUAACCACUCAAUUUUUAAAGUGAUGUAAAGUGAAAGUAAUAAUUUUUUUAAAUCCAUGCUCUUUUAAAAGAUACAGUUGUUAUCUGUCCUGAAUUCCUGAUUUUGUUAAUGGCUUGUCCUCACCAACCAUGAGCCAGACAUUUGGCUUUUUUGGAAUUUCUGGGAGUGACAGUAUGAAAAAGUGAUUAUUCCCUUAAUGUUUUGGCUUUGUAAUAUCUAAGCCUUUUUGUCUUUCCUAUACAAGAAAAUAGAUUAUAUUGUAGAUUACAGACCUCCUUUUAAUUUUGAAGAGUUUUAGAAAAGCUCACAUUAUUUAGAGCAACAACUUCUGUAUUUGGGAAUUUAAAAUUCUUCAUUUAAAAAAUACAUGAAAUUUAAUAUCUUGAAGUAGUUUAAGAUUCUAUCUUAUCUGUAUUUGUAAAAAAUUAACUUUGCAAAAGGAACUCAAAAGCCUUUAUUAUUCCCAGUUUCUUUAAAACUGACUUGGUCUGGUGUCAUCACUAAAUCUAAAUAGCUGUCCACUAUGAGUGCUUUGCCUAUUCUCUAGUCCUCGGUGGUUGAGAAACUAAAAGAACUUAGAAUCCUGACACUGACAUACAGAAUGCUGUAAAUUAAAAUAGCAUUUAACUCUUAUAUCUCUGUUCUUCAGUUACACCAACAUUCUCACAUGUUGGCCAAGAUCACUAAUGAUUCAUGCCUACUUGAUUUUUCUAGAAUCCUAUAGAUGUUUAUGAGGCUAUUUCUUCAUUUUGGGGAAAUACCUAAUUUUGAGGCAUUCACUUUUGUAAACCGCAAAAGUGCCUUACAGUCAUGUGUACUUCACUAAUAUUUUAAAUUUUUGCCCAGUGCCAUACUGUAUACUAUGUAUUCUGUGUGUGUGUGUCUGUGUGUGUGUGUGUGUGUAUGUGGUAUAUGUUGAAAUGAUUCUUGAAAUUUAGAAUGUGGGAAAAUAGAAACACAGAUGAACAUGUAAUAGAAUACAGGGAAACUUAUUACAGAACCAUCAUUUAGGUAAGUCACUUUCAUCUAUUCCCUCACAUAUACUCUCUCUGAAUUACUCAUUCUUCCACUCUUCAUUUUUUUCUUCUUUUCUCUCACCUCUCCAAAAAUGUGUGACGGAUGAGUUAGAAAGAUGUGCAUUUUGGCUAAUGUGAAAACUUUCCUAUUUUCCUCCUUUUCACUUCAAGCCUUUGUGAUUACAGUGAUUGAGCUACCUCAUCAAUUAAUUUGAAAGGCUACACAUCAUGAGCUCAUGUUCAAGAAUAGCACAUCCCAGGUAAAUAGACUAGGCAGUUAUUUGACACUUGGGAUGAGCAUUAUACUGAAAGCCGUUAGAAAACAAGCCCUAAUGGUUCUUCAUAACAACUGAUUCCUCCAAGAAAUAUGACACACAGGGUAUUUUUCUGUUUCAUUAUAAGGUUAUUCAGAGAUUGGAAAUAUACAAUUCUCUAUUUCAUCAGCAUUAAGACUGCAUAUAUGAUAAGCUGUGAAAGACUGCAAUUACAAAGAUAAUUGUCUUAAUUAAAGCAACCCUCAUUCCAUUUGGGUCUUUAUUAUAUUUCCCAAAAAUACAAGUGAAAAAAUUAUUGCAAGUGUUUUAAAUGUGUCGAUUAUUCUUUUUGUAAAACAUUUUGUAUUUAUGUCAGUAAGGUUUUGUUGUGGAAUAGUGAUAUACUAUUUAAAAGUUUUGUGUAUUUCUGAGAGAGAAAAAAAUGUAUACUAAUAUUAAAAUAUUUAAUGAGC